AUGUCAGACAACAAGCCCACCUUCCACCACCUCAACAACUCACAAUCCCAACGCAUUCUCUGGCUCCUCGAAGAGCUAGACAUAGAAUACAACCUCAUCCUGCACACCCGCAACCCCCCCACCCACCCCACCGCCCCAUUCCAAUCCCCCCCCGCCCUCGUCGCCGUCUCCCCCCACGGCACAGCACCCCUCCUCAUCACCGGCCCCAAAGAUGGAAACCGCACCAUCCCAGAAUCGCUGGCCAUCGCUACAUACCUAAUCCGCACCUUCGACACUGACGACAAGUUUGGGUUGAAAGAUGGGGACUGGGUGAGAGAUGAAGUUAUCACCUCCAUGGCGUGCACGAAUCUGCAGAGAGCGACGGGGUUCAUUAUGAUGCUUGAUUUCGGGCUGAUACGCACUGGGGAGGGGCCCAUGGGUGGGGUGUUGGAUGGACCGGAGUUGCGGAAGCAGUUGGGGAGUUUGGAGAGGGAGUUGGUGGGGGGGCCAGAGGGGGGGUUCUUUAUGGGGGAGCGGCCGGGGAGGGCGGAUGUGAUUUUGGAGUUUCCGAUGACGAUGGUUAGGCAUAGGGGGUAUUUGGAUUUGGGAGUGGAGUUUCCGAGGCUGGAUGAGUGGUUGCAGAGGUGUUAUGAUAGACCGGCGUAUAGGAGGGCGUUGGAGAAGGGGAAUGGGUAUGAUAUGAGUGUGUUCCCUAAGGUGCCGAGGUGAGGGGAUGUAGGGAGGGAGUUGUGUUGUGUUGUGUGGUGGUGGGAUGGUUGGGUUGAACGCUGCUCACUAUGUAUAUUGUAUAUUAUAACUAAAAUGUUAUUAGUAUAAAAAACCUGUG